UAGAGCUCAACUAUGGGCGUCAAAGGCCUGCAUUCGUUUGUGACCAAUGCCUGUCCGGCUGCGUGCGUAGUAGUAAAUCUGAAAGAAAUGGCAGAACGUCACCGCAGCAGUUAUCCUGGAUCUCCUCCUGUUAUUGUGGUAGAUGCCAUGUCUUGCCUCCGACAGUGGUACACGCCAGAAUCCUGGGUGUGCGGCGGCCAGUGGCAAGAAUAUCUUUCUAACCUGGAGAAGUUCAUGAACACCUUUACUGCGGCAGGUAUCAAGCUGGUGUUCUACUUUGACGGACUGGUGGAACAGAAGAAACGCAACGAGUGGGUAAAACGGAGACUGAGAAAUAACAGAGAAAUAGCCAAGAUUUUUCAGUUCAUCAAGACUCAUAAGCAGCAGCCCGGGAGACAAAUGUUCUUUAUUCCAUCUGGUUUGGCCACUUUUACGCGCUUUGCCUUGAAGUCCCUUGGUCAGGACGUAAUAUGUUCAUUGCAAGAGGCGGACUAUGAAGUGGCCGCUUACGGAUUCCAUAACAAUUGCAUGGGAAUUCUUGGAGAAGACACAGACUACCUGAUUUAUGACACAUGCCCAUAUUUUUCCAUUAAUAAACUGUGCUUGAAUAGGCUGGAAACAGUCAUGUUCUCAAGGCAAAAUCUCUGCAGCAGGUUGGGGUUACAUGUAACAGACCUUCCACUCUUUGCCUGUCUCCUUGGAACAGACAUUGUUCCAGAAAGUGCUGCGGAAGGUUUCCGGAACCAGUGUGUAGCUUCAUUCUGUGCUAAAAGCCAUAGCUGUGAUAAAAGGACUAACACAAUUCUGGCUGUAGCAAAUUAUAUUUCCACAAUUCAACAUACGUAUAAUAGCAUGAUGGUUUUGGAAGAAAUGUUACCUUUGGGAUCAGACAAAGCUAUACUUGCUAAAGGAAUAGAGUCUUAUCUUCUGCCCGGGCAACAGUCUCCAUGGCUUCCUUGUGGCUUUUCAAAUUCUCCAGCAGCAUCAGUCAAUCAAGAUAUGCCUCUGUUUCUAGAUCAGGAGAUCUUUCAGAUAGCCAAAGAACAGCAUGUGCGAGCUGAAAGCUAUAUGGUGUAUAAUGUCCUGAGUAGUGGAGAGGUUGAGUGCAGCAACACACUGGAAGAUGAAUAUGAUACUGAGCUCCCUGGACAGGCGCAUAUCUACUACCUUGCUCGUCAGCAUAUCUAUUCUGUCCUGUUGGAGUCUGGAAAAGAUGUCCAUGGAGCUUAUCCUGUAGUGAAGGAGUGGUUUGUGUGUGCUGGGAAUUCCCUGCAGCACCCAGAUCUGGUACAGCCCAAACAACUCCCAGGUGGCACCCCCAGUCUGAGAACACUUUGGCUCGGCGAGGGACCAGAGGCUGAAAAGCGACGUUUUUGCACAUUUCUGGCCUGUUUUCAGCUUCAAGAUGUAGCCGAGGAGCUGCAGGCUCUGGAAGCUUCUGUCGCUGCUGUCUGUUCCUUGUUGAUGUACCUGGCUUUUCAGGUGCGCAGCCUCUCUGUGGAAGACUUGAAUGCCUUCGUCGCCCAGACUCUGUGCCUUGAGGGGAAGCCAGCUGCUCCGCUUGCAGAGCUGCAGGUACAAACAUGA